AUGCCCGUAGAAUCUGACAUUGCCCAGUUUUUGGAUAUAGAAGCUGGAGUUGACGAGCAAGAGGAGAACGAUACUGACGGUGAGGAAUCAGACGACGACGACUUCAUCGUGCCAGAUGACGAUGGUGGCCAAACCCAGCAGUUUACUCCAGUCGCACACGAUAACGAGGGUACUGCAAGGGAGGAGUUUGACGAGUUUUUGGGUUCGUUAUUGAAUAAGAGAGGGAAAGCUAGUACUCCUGCAAGUAUAAGCAACCCGAUUGACCCACCAGGUGAUAUGCAUAUGGCAAAGGAAGCCAUGAUAAAUGUUCGGCCACCCCUGUGGAAAAGACACAAGGAGUAUGUGAUAUGUCAUUUUGCUCUGAUGCACUCCAUCGCGAAUACAUCCCCCAGUCCCAUAUCGUCUAUUUUCUUCCGAAGCGUCAACGAUGGUUAUGUCAUUGUUGAGACGAUGAGCCCCGGGCAGGCUGCAAAAUUAUUAGCAGGUCACCUAUCAGUAUUGCACGGACAACCGAGCCAACCAGAGGGGAUUAAUAUGACAAUAUUAGACGACAAAGACACCGACACUAUCCUGGAUAUACCACCAGGGCCUCUUGAAACACCCGGUACAUGGGCUCGGCUUAUUCGUCAUCAUUCGCAGCCCAAAAAAACGAUUCGAGGAUCGACCUUCGACGGGGAUCCCUGUAUCAUUCAGGAGGUUCGCUGGCCAUUUGUUCAAGCACUUGUGAUUCCAUACCUCGAAAAAUUCGAAGCCAAACUGACGGUGGAUGUCAAUGAUUUCGGUGCCGAGAGAAGCUUCAAUGGACUACAUUGUGUUUGUACACAUGUAAGGUACCUGCGCUUGCUCACCGGGUCGCUUUGGUGUAACGAAGCCAAGCUGUUUCUUGCAAGUGGCCAUCAAUUUGUUUUGAAACACUUCCCGAAGGUACCUUGUUGGGAGUUCUAUGUCGGCGAAAGAGUUCAGAGUUGCAGAUCCGGGAUAGAGGGUAUCAUCACUUCAAUCACUUCAAGAGGAGUCGAAUAUAGUGCCAAGAACGGGGAGAUCUGUUUCGGAGGAUGGAGUAUUUUGAAGGACUGGAGAUUAGGCGAUUACAUUCGACACUAUGAAGGUCGGGAAGGUUGGGUUGUCAAAUCACAUAAAAGAGGUGUGAGGGUGAUUUUGAAGGCGGGUAAUUCGCGUGUCGAGAGGGUAGAGAGAUUCUCUGGCCACAUAAACUCGUUUGUCGCCACCUCACCUCCAUAUAAUUGGCAGUCUUCAUUGCUGAUUCAACCCAUGACUCUCAACAAUCAGCCAAGCAUUGGUGGCGAAAUUACAGCCGCUUGGACUUUUUGUUGCCUGUGGAAGUGGUGGGAGGUUGUGGUGUGGCGAGGGAAAUAUCGUGGCCCUAGCUACCGCAUAUUCGAUGUCAUUCUUUCCCCCCAAACAGCCAGUGGAAUGAAGUUCUUGCUUGAAACUACAAUUGUGAACAGUCUUUCACCACGAGUUGUCGUCAACUACGAUGAUGUGGUUGAUAGGAAAACAUUGCUUCCUCUCCAUAUUAUCCAAGCUCCUGCUGCCCUUGCCUUCCGGCCUGGUGCCCUAUACCGACAUCCCGCAAUAUACUCCCUCAAAUCUAUUGUGAUAAACCCCUCGCCGCCUUCUUCUCGGCCUGUUACACCCCCGCCACCACCUGUCGUGAACAAUGGUACCUCUGUUGCCUGGGAUCCGAGUUACGAUGGAACGGAAACAUAUCCCCAAGCACUUGGUCCGCAAUGGGAAGGAUAUCAUUCAUCUCAACGUCCAUUCCUUGUUGUUCCUCGUAGUUUCACAGAAGGGGUAAACUUCACAUUCAGUGUCAAGGUGACUGGGGAGUCGCCAGUGAGCACCAAGGCUUUUUGA